CUCACAUACGAGAAAUAUAAGCGUAACCCGACAUACUAUGAGCCAGCGCUAAAAUGCGGGCACCCGAACUGGCACCAAGCGGUUGAGUCUCCUGACGAUCUUGGGGACCUCCUCAACAUAGUCAUAGCCUUGGCAAGUACAACAGCUGUCUAGGGGCCUGGCAUAGGACCAGAUACCGGCGAUCGAGAGCCAGCUCUUUGCCACCCAGCUUCCUUAGCCCUUGCAAGAAUGCUUAACGUCCGUCAAAAGCAAUCUGAGGUCAUCCUCAAAGCGCUCAACUUCAAUGGCGCGCCGGGGAAGGAGACCACAGCGGAGUCCUACAAGGUGCUGGUGCUGGAUAAGUUCACGAAGGACGUGAUUGCGCCGCUGCUGCGCCUCAACGACCUGCGCAAGCACGGCGUGACGCUGCACCUCAUGCUGGAGGCCGACCGCCAGCCCAUCCCGGACGUGCCCGCCGUCUACCUGGUCACGCCCUCGCCCGCCAACGUGGAGCGCAUCGCGGCGGACGCCGGCGCCAACCUGUACGACAGCAUGUACCUCAACUUCACCGUGCCCAUCCCCGGCAAGCUGGUGGAGCAGCUGGCGGCGGGCGUGGUGAAGGCGGGCGCGCUGUUGCGCGUGUCCAAGCUGUACGACCUGUACACCAGCUUCAUCGCGCUGGAGCCGUCGCUGUUCUCGCUGGGGCAGCCGGAGACCUACAUCGAGCUGAACGACCCGCAGGCGCGCGACUACCAGAUCGAGGCCACGGUCUCCAACAUCGUGGACGGCCUGUUCUCGGUGUGCGUGACGCUUGGCGUGGUGCCCAUCAUCCGCUGCCCGCGCGGCGGCGCCGCUGAGCACAUCGCCUCCGCGCUGGAUGCCAAGCUGCGUGACGCGCUCAAGAGCCGCACCAACCUGUUCAGCGAGGGCGUGCUGGGGCUGUCGGCGUCGCUGUCGCGGCCGCUGCUGUGCCUGUUCGAUCGCAACUUCGACCUCAGCGCGGCGGUGCAGCACUCGUGGACGUACAAGCCGCUGGUGCAGGACGUGCUGGGGCUCAAGCUGAACCGCAUCUCGCUGCAGAGCGAGGCGGCGGGGCCGGGGCCGGCGGGCAUGAUGGCGGGCGGCGGCGGCGCAGCCAGCAAGAAGCAUUACGACGUGGACGAGAAGGACUUCUUCUGGGAGGCGUGCGGCGCGCACGCCUUCCCAAAGGUUGCGGAGGAGGUGGAGACGCAGCUGCAGCGGUACCGGGCUGCGGUUGACGAGAUCAACAAAAAGACGGCGGCGCACGCGGGGCAAGAGGGCGCAUUCGACCCAGACGACCUGUUGCGGCGGAACACGCAGAACCUCAUGCAGGCCGUGUCGUCGCUGCCGGAGCUGCAGGAGCAGAAGAAGGUGCUGGACAAGCACACCAACAUCGCCACCAGCCUGCUGGGCGCCAUCAAGAUGCGCGCGCUGGACCAGUACUACAACACGGCGGAGGACCUGCUCACUGGCAAGGCGGACCUGGCGGCGGUGCUCAAGCUGCUGCAGAGCGGAAAGGGCGCGCCCAUGGACAAGCUGCGAUUGGCGCUCAUAUACAUCCUAGCACAGGACGGUUUGCCGUCGGAGCAGGAGCUGUCGGAGCUGGAGCAGGUGAUGCGCACUGGCGGCGCCGACGUGACCGCGCUGCAGUACGUGCGCACACUCAAGCGCAACAACCUCACGGGCAGUGGCAAGGGCGGCGCGGAGGCGAUGGGCCACCACAGCGGCGGCACCAUGCCCUCUCAAAACAACCUGCUGGAUUGGGCGGACAAGACGUUUGGCUCGGGCCUGAGCCAGGUGGCCAAGGGCGUCAAGACGCUGCUGUCAGGCGCUCGCCAGGCUCCGCUGGCGGCGUGCGUUGAGGUGCUGAUGGAGGGCAGGGUCGGCACGCCCGAGUUCGACAGCUUUGCCGUGUUUGACCCCAAGCUGCCGCCGGGGCGAGCCAACCUGGAGCGCGCCAAGGGCCCCUUCCGCGAGGGCAUCGUGUUCAUGAUUGGUGGCGGCAACUACGCCGAGCGCGAGACGCUGCUCAACUGGUCGCAGCGCUGCACGCCGCCGCGGCAAGUGCUGUACGGUGCCACGGAGCUGCUGAGUGGGGAGGAAUUUGUGCAGCAGCUGAGCGAGCUGGGGCGGCGCAGCGGGGGACGCUAGUGAAAUGUAUAUUGGUGGGCCCGGUGCAUUGGGUGGCGGUGAUGUGGCAGUGGCUGUGGCGGGGUUCAUUCCCUGCUUACAAGCAAGGCGCGUUGAGGGACGGGACGGGCUGAUGCACACAGCAUGGUGGCAAAUCCUGGCGGAUAAGUGGCUCGGCACGACUAUUUGUGUGCGUGUGCGUGCAGGUAGUGUGCGUGUACGUGCGUGCAGGUGGUGUGCAGGCCGCACUGGAAGGGCGGGCGAGGCUACUUCUUCUUGUAGCAAGCAUUCAAGCAUUUAAUCUCAAUGCUGGU